GCUGGUGUUUGCAGGUGUUCAUCAUGGGGGAACUGUUUAGAAGCGAGGAGAUGACUCUGGCUCAGCUCUUCCUGCAGUCAGAGGCGGCUUAUUGCUGUGUCAGCGAGCUAGGAGAACUGGGCAUGGUGCAGUUCAGAGAUCUGAAUCCAGACGUCAACGUUUUCCAACGGAAGUUUGUGAAUGAAGUCAGGAGAUGUGAGGAGAUGGACCGAAAGCUGAUGACACGUGGACGCCAAAGCAUUUUUAUCAGCGGUCAGAGCUUUAUUAUCACUGACCAGAAAGAACGCCCCACCUUCACCUCAAUGGAGGAUCCAAACCUGCUGGAAGAGUCAUCAGCCCUAAUGGAGGGAAGUGAAGGAGGUCGCGGUGCACCCCUCAGACUGGGGUUUGUGGCCGGUGUGAUCAGCCGGGAGAGAAUUCCAACCUUCGAGAGGAUGCUGUGGAGGGUGUGUCGUGGCAAUGUCUUCUUACGAAAGGCAGAAAUUGAGGACCCCCUGGAGGACCCCACCACAGUCAGCACACUGAACAUAUAUCAACAAUCAAUCAAUAACAAUGGAUUAAUGAAAACAUACAACAAUUUAACUUUGGAACCAAACACAGUGUUUGAACUUUUGUAACAGGGAGAUCAAGUCCACAAGUCGGUGUUCAUCAUCUUCUUCCAAGGUGACCAGCUGAAGAACAGGGUGAAGAAGAUCUGUGAGGGGUUCCGGGCCUCUCUGUACCCCUGUCCAGAGACCCCUCAGGAGAGGAAGGAGAUGUUGGCUGGGGUCAACAGUCGCAUCGAUGACCUCCAAAUGGUGCUGAACCAAACAGAGGACCAUCGUCAGCGAGUGCUGCAGGCUGCUUCAAAGACCGUCCGUGUGUGGUUCAUCAAGGUGAGGAAGAUGAAGGCCAUCUACCACACACUCAACCUCUGCAACAUCGAUGUCACGCAGAAGUGUCUGAUCGCUGAGGUGUGGUGUCCCGUCUCAGACCUGGACUCCAUCCAGUUUGCCCUACGCAGAGGAACGGAGAGGAGCGGAUCCACAGUGCCGUCCAUUCUCAACAGAAUGCAGACCAAGCAGACUCCGCCCACCUUCAACAAGACCAACAAGUUCACGUCAGGAUUCCAGAAUAUCGUUGAUGCCUACGGCAUCGGGAGCUACCGGGAAAUUAAUCCAGCCCCGUACACCAUCAUCACCUUCCCCUUCCUGUUUGCCGUUAUGUUCGGUGACAUGGGUCAUGGCACGCUGAUGACCUGCGCCGCCCUAUACCUGGUCAUCCGAGAGAGCCGCCUCCUCUCCCAGAAGAGUGACAAUGAGAUGUUCAACACGGUGUUCGCUGGCCGCUACAUCAUCCUGCUGAUGGGAAUCUUCUCCAUCUACACCGGCAUCAUCUACAACGACUGCUUCUCCAAGUCGCUCAACAUGUUUGGUUCUGGCUGGAGUGUCCGGCCCAUGUUUGGUUCUCGAGGAGCCAACUGGUCGUUUGAAACCCUGGAUGAAAAUGCAGUUCUACAGCUGGACCCAGCUGUUCCCGGGGUGUUCAAUGGACCGUAUCCACUCGGGAUAGAUCCGAUCUGGAACCUGGCGACCAACAAGCUGACCUUCCUCAACUCCUUUAAGAUGAAAAUGUCGGUUAUCCUGGGUGUGAUCCACAUGAUGUUUGGAGUCUCCCUCAGUCUCUUCAACCACCUGUACUUCAAGAAGCCACUCAACAUAUUUCUGGGUUUUAUGCCAGAAAUGGUCUUUAUGUCGAGCCUCUUUGGUUACCUUGUGCUGCUGGUUUUCUACAAGUGGACGGCGUAUGAUUCUCAGACCUCUAAGGAUGCACCAAGCCUGCUGAUCCACUUCAUCAACAUGUGUCUCUUCAACUACAGCGACCCCACCAACAAACCCCUUUACCGGGGCCAGAUGGGGAUCCAGGUUUUGCUGGUGCUGAUUGCCCUUGCAUGUGUCCCCUGUAUGCUGGUUGUGAAAAUCCUGGUGCUUCGGCGCCAACACCUGUGGAAAAAGCACCUGGGCACGCAGAAGUUUGGAGGGGUGCGGGUGGGGAACGGCCCCACGGAGGAUGAAGCUGGCAUCAUGGACCAUGACCAGCUGUCCCAGCACUCAGAGGAAGGAGACGAGCACUCAGAGGAAGAGACGUUUGACUUUGGUGAUGUAGCUGUCCAUCAGGCCAUCCACACCAUAGAGUACUGCUUGGGCUGCAUCUCCAACACCGCCUCCUACCUGCGCCUGUGGGCCCUCAGCCUGGCUCAUGCACAGCUGUCUGAGGUGCUGUGGUCCAUGGUCAUGCACUUGGGUCUGUCGUCCCACAGCGGUGGAGGGUUUCUUGGUCUGUCCAUCAUAUUCUCAGUCUUUGCCACCCUCACCGUUGCCAUCCUACUUGUCAUGGAGGGUCUGUCUGCCUUCCUGCACGCCCUGCGCCUGCACUGGGUGGAGUUCCAGAACAAGUUCUACUCCGGUCAGGGCUUCAAGUUUGUCCCCUUCUCCUUCGAGAGUAUCCUGGAGGGACAUUGUGAUGAGUGACAGGUCCUCUGCCACCCACCCUCCUCUGUGUGAGCUCGCUGCCCUCUGUCCCCC